CUUCUUUCUCACUGGAUGUUUUUUCUUUCAGUUUUAAAGAAGCAUGGCAGCGAGAAGUGGCAAUUACUUUCAGCUCGUUAUUCCUGAAAGAGGCGAAAGAGUUAAGGUUAAUUCAGGAUCUAAUCUCACUGUGUCGUGUCACUUGUCUCCUGCACUCAGUGCUGUUGACAUGGAGAUUACUUGGUUUGGCGAGAUGUCUUGUGUUUGUGCCUAUAAGAACAGAGAGAUGACACAAGGUGCUGACUAUGAGGGCAGAGCGAGUCUGUUCAUUAGUGAUCUACCGAGAGGGAAUGUUUCCUUAAGAGUGGCAGACUUCAGAGAGUCAGAUCUGGGAGUUUACAUGUGCCGGGUCUCCAGUAGAAAUGAAACACGGCAGAUAACAGUAAAUGUCACAGAAGAAGUCUCUGCAAUUUCUAAGGACCAGCACUUCUUUACAGUGAAUUGCAAGGAAGAAAGAAACGAAUUAACACCACAGGACAUGCCAUCACAUCCAAACCCUCAAGACAACAAGCUACCUGGAGUAUAUGAUAACAGAAUUGGAAACAAAAGCAAAAAUUUAUUCCAAGCUUCAUACAAAAAGGAACCAAACAAGAGCCAGCAACGGGAUUCCAAGAAGGAUGACUUGAGAGACAAGAACUUUCAGCUCGUUGCUCCCAGUCCAUCAGAAGAACCAGAGGUUUCUUUGGGGUCUGAUCUGAUCAUUCCGUGUCACCUGUCUCCUGAAAUCAGUGCGGUUGACCUGGAGAUCAUCUGGUCUAAUGAUACCGCCUGUGUUUGCCUGUAUGAGGACAGGCGGGUGACAGAAGGGGCUUUGUUCAAGGACAGAGCGAGUCUGUUCACUCACAAGCUUAGGGAAGGAGAUGUGUCCUUACGACUGAAAAACUUCAGCCUAUCAGAUAUUGGAAAUUACCAUUGUCAGGUCAGCAGUAAAGACAGAAGAGAGAGGGUAACAGUAAAAGUGAGGAUAAAUCCUGGUGUCCAAACUGUGAGUCGGUCACCAAUAUACCAAGAUAGAAAUGUUCCAUCAGUGCUACACGAGGAUAAAAAGAGAAGAAAGGCACCCAACAAAUCAUCAAGGCAUGUUUCACAGCUCAGUGAUUCAGAUAAUGGGAGUUACAGCAUGAGCGCCCCAAGCAAUGAUCCUUUUCAGCUUGUUAUUCCUCAAACAGCUCAAGAAGCACAGAUAUCUUUGGGGUCUGAAAUCAUUGUUCCUUGUCACUCGUCUCCUGAAGUCUGUGCCAUUGUCAUGCAGAUCAAAUGGUUUAAGGAGACAGACUGUGUUUGCAUUUACAAGAACGGACACGUGAUUGAGGGGAGGAGCUACAAAGACAGAGCGAGCCUCGGCACUCACGUACUGGAGAGAGGAAAUGUGUCCUUACAUCUAAAUAACUUCAGUGUCUCAGAUGUUGGCGAUUACUGUUGUCAGGUCACCAGUAGAGACACAACCAAACAGAUUACAGUAGGAGUGAGGAUAAAACCUGAAGUCCAGCCUGUGAGUCAGUCUCCGACAUCUCAAGGCCAGUCUGUUCAGCUAAUGCUGUUUGAGACCGACAAAAUAUGGACUAAAGAGGAGACGGACGAAAUGGAUAAAUCUGCUCUAAUGGCUGAGAUGAAAGUGACCAAUGAGCAGGAUACGUUGCUGAAGGCUUACAUAGAAAAAAGCAGACACCUGGAAAGAGUUGAAGAGGAGCUGAGAGCGAUGAGAAUGAAGUUGGACAGACUCGACCCUCACGCUCAGUUGUUGGACAGAGACGAACCAGAUCCCUUUUAAUAGCUAAGAAAUGUGCGCUGAAUAUUGAAAUUUCAGGUUGAUGCUUAAUUCAUGAGAGCUAUUUGUAAUUUUUCAGAUCUAAAUAAGACAAUUAUGAAGAAAAAUUACAAUGAAAUUACAAUAAAUUUACACUUUACCUAAUGUUUAUCUGAACCUUCCACAAACUAAAAUAAAGCAGGUUUAUCAUGCUCAUUUUAAAUAUUCAUUAAUGAACCAUGCCCUAUAAUAGUAGAAUUAUUUCAUUUGCCUGAUUAGCAACAUAUUCCUUUCAACCAACAAUCUGACAAUAUUUGUCAAUCGUCAUGUAACACAACUCAUAUGUAUGAGUGCAGUCUUUACCUUACAAAUUACAGAGUGCAGACUCUUGCCAUAAAUUUGAGGUGGUUACGGUGAAUUUCUCUCUGUGUCAUACCGACUCCUCACAGUUUUCAGUACAGUUGGAGUGGUUAGGGUAAGGUUUGGGUGUUGGACCAAUCAGAAGUCAGCCCGAGGCAAAGAAAUCUCAACAAUGAGGGAAGUAAGAAUCACCACAAAUAAGUUCUAUAAAGGCAAAUAUCUCUCUCUCUGUGUGUGUGUGUGUGUGUGUGUGUGUCAGAGAGACAGCUGACCUGGAACAAUGCUGUUUCAUGUGAUUCAGAACUACUAUAAGUGCUUUAUAUCCCAUACAGUAAAACUAAAAAUGAGUCAUAUUUAUCUUAAAACAUUUAUUUGCUUGGCCAGCAGUGCCAAGAAAUUUUCCCUCUGAAAAGUUUUAAAACACACACACACACGUCUGGUUUGCUAUCCUUGUAGGGACUCAGCAUAGGCGUAAUGCUUUUUCUACUGUACAGACCGUAUAUUCUAUUGUCCUACACCAACCUUACACCUUACAGGAGACUUUCUGCAUUUUUAGAUUUUCAAAAAACUUCAUUCUGUGUGAUUUAUUAGCUUGUUUACCCGUGGGGUCCUCAAUUUAGGUCCCCACCAUGACAUGAGUCCCCAUGAGUCUGUGUGUAUUCAGCAGGCAUGUGAUCAGCUAGAGACAAAAAAGAAGGAAAGUCUGACCACGCCCCAAGCCACGCCCACAUUAUUAUUAUUAAAGUACCUGCCAAAAGUUUGGAAACAUAAUUAUUAAUGAUUUUGAAAUAAAUAUCUUCUGCUCAUCAAGGCUGAAUUUAUUUGAUCAAAAUAAAGUAAAAAACUAAACAAAAAAACAGCAAUAUUGUGAAAUAUUAUUACUACUACUACUACUAAUAAUGUAAUGUUAUUCCUGUGAUGCAAAGCAGAAUUUUCUUCAUCAUUACUCCAGUUUUCAGUGUCACAUGAUCUUUUAGAAAUCAUUACAAUUGAUUUGAAUUUCAAGAAACAUUUCUGAUUAUUAUCAAUGUUAAAGACAAUUUUGCUGCUUCGUAUUUUUGUGUGGCAAUGGUGAUACACUUUAUUUUUUCAGGAUUUUUUGAUAAAUAUAAAGUUUAAUGAACAGCAUUUAUUUGUAUUUAUCAAAUAUAUUAAUUAAAUUUGUCAAUGCAUUUAUUAAAUAGAAAUCAUUUUAAAUGUCUUCACUCACUUUUUAAUCGCUUUCAAGCAUGAUGAAUAAAUGAUAAUUUUCUCUCUCUCUCUCGCUCUCU